CUAUUAACCCACUUUUUUUUCUCGCCAGGAUGAUGGUAAUAGUUCGAAGUGUGUUGUUAGUGGUGUGCGUGAGCAGUAUGGUGUUGUCUGCUACGGUGUUCCAAGGCACCUGCUCCUCCUCCUCAGCCUGUGGUCCCUCCGCCUGCUGCAAAAUCGGAUACAUGAGGUACAGUUAUCCGAACUGUCACCCGCUGGGUGGUGUUGGUGACUGGUGUCGCCUGGAAGUGAUAGUCUCAGACCGUAACCUUCACUACCCCAACAAUGUUACGAUCUUUAUUAAGGAGUUGUACACGGGAAUGUGUCCGUGCGGAGCUGGACUGGUGUGCGCCAGGACUUCGUCCACCUGUCAGCUGCCCUUACCGGAUGACAUAGACCAGCUGACCUCACCAGACAACGCAGUCAGGAAUAACGCCUUUGACACAGUUGAGGACAACUCCUUCAACGAAGACGGGGACAAUUCCUACGGAUUCUUCUGAGUGGGAACUGGGAUGGGUCUCCAUCCUACCGUAUACCUCUCCACUUGCCAUCUUCUAAUCCUACCUCUGCUGUUCUGUGACGUGGACAUUUUCUUUUCAAGGAAAAACGUGUUGGAUAUAUAUUUUCUCGCGUUUUUAAUUGAGAAGCUAAAAAAAUGCUGAUUCUUUAAUGAUAGUUAUUUUAUGGAACCAAUAAACCAGCAGAAGGUCACGAAAUCGUAGCAACAAGAUUACACACACAUCACAGAACAGGUCGGACUUGAACCCAUGUCAUGUCUUGGGUGGGGUGGGGUGGGGUGGGGUGGGGGUAAUGGGAAGUAGUAGCAGUAGUGAGACACAAAUAGCAAACAGCAGUAACUAUGAGAGACAAAAAGGGUAUAUGAGAUGGGAGUAGCAGUAACGAUAAGAGACACAGAUGAAGGUAGGAAAGAAGUAGCAGUAAUGGUGAGAGGGACACAGAGGAAGGUAGGAAGGAAGUAACAGUAAUAGAGAGACACAGAUAAAGGUAAAAACAGAAUAGCAGAAAUGGUUAUUUUAAAAGGUAGUUUAAUUACACUUCAUUAAUUAACUUUCUAAUCCUUCAUAAUCUCCAACAAUCCUCUCAUGACUGUCAACAUUACUUUAUAAUCUCCAACAAUCCUCUCAUGACUGUCAACAUUACUUUAUAAUCUCCUACAAUCCUCUCAUGACUGUCAACAUUACUUUAUAAUCUCCAACAAUCCUCUCAUGACUGUCAACAUUACUUUAUAAUCUCCAACAAUCCUCUCAUGACUGUCAACAUUACUUUAUAAUCUCCUACAAUCCUCUCAUGAC